AUGUCAAGCGCUUCAAAAACUAAAGACGUCAUUCAACGUAAAUUAGUCAUUGUAGGAGACGGUGCCUGUGGUAAAACUUCUCUAUUGUCCGUUUUCACAUUAGGUCAUUUUCCAAGGGUUCCAACGGUAUUUGAAAAUCUUGUGACAGAUAUUAAAAUCGAUGGAAAACCUGUCCAAUUGGCGCUAUGGGAUACUGCUGGGCAAGAAGAAUAUGAACGUCUUAGACCUCUUUCUUAUUCUAAAGCUCAUGUCAUUUUGAUUGCCUUUGCGAUAGACAUACCCGAUUCUUUUGAAAACGUAGCUGCGAAGUGGAUUGACGAGGUCCAUUCUCUUUGUCCAAAUGUUCCUGUCAUCUUAGUAGGUUUAAAGAAAGAUUUAAGAGAUGACGCAACCGCUAUUGCAGAUAUGCGAAAGAAGGGCAUUGCUUUCGUCGAUCCUAAACAGGGAGAAGAUAUGGCACAACAAAUAGGUGCUCGUAAAUAUUUAGAAUGUUCAGCAUUGACUGGUGAAGAUGUUGAUAAUGUUUUUGAAGCUGCCUCAAGGGCCGCACUUUUGUCACCUCAAAAAAAACAUACUGACUGUUGUAUCGUACUGUAG